AUGGCCUCAGCAACGACCUUCUACGACUUCAAGCCCAAGGACAAGAAAGGCGGCGACUACCCCCUGACGAACCUCAAAGGCAAGGUCGUCCUCGUCGUCAACACCGCCAGCAAAUGCGGCUUCACCCCUCAAUUCGAAGGGCUGGAGAAACUCUACAAAGAACUCAAGCCCAAGUACCCCGACUUCGAAAUCCUCGGCUUCCCCUGCAACCAAUUCGGCUCCCAAGACCCGGGGUCCAACGACGAGAUCCAGACCUUCUGCCUCACCAACUACGGCGUCUCGUUCCCCGUCUUGGGAAAGACUGAUGUGAACGGGGACAAGACGGAGCCCGUGUACGAGUGGAUGAAGAAGAGCAAGCCGGGCAUCAUGGGCUUGACGCGCAUCAAGUGGAAUUUCGAGAAGUUCUUGAUUGGACGGGAUGGGAUGGUCAAGGGGAGGUGGGCGAGUACGAGUAAGCCUGAAGGGUUGAAGGGGGUUAUUGAGGAGGAGCUGAAGAGGUCGGCGAAGGCUUAG